AUGAAUUCGGAGUGGUUGACUAUAUCAUGGGACUGCGCACAUUUAUUGGAGCUUGCUAUCAAUGAUGUCAAACGUCAAGGAAAGUUUGUUUGGAUAAGCAAUUUCAUCAAGCUGUGUGCAGCAUUGAUGAGAAAAUAUUCAUAUGGAAAGCAGUAUGAAAUACUGCUCGAAACUGCGCAAUAUCUUGGCGAGGAUAUCUUAGCCCCAAAACAAUUCCACACAACUCGUUUUGUUAGUUCCGAAAGACAAGUUUAUGAAGCAGUCUUACGAGACUGGAAAUCUCUGCACGAAAUACAGGAGGAAGAGGAUCAAUUGAAUGCUCUAUCUCAUGGCGAUGUUAGUACAAGAACCAGACGUGCUUACGCUGUUUCACAUCAAGGAGCCGAGGACGAAAUUACUUUUAAAGUAAGUUACAAAGCAAAGAUUUUAACUGAAUACUUAUGAGUAUUCUUUUUCCAGCUUGAUGAUAUU